ACUCGCGGAAUAUACUAAACAACGCUACAACCACAUCCACUAUGCUAAAGCCAUGAACUGUACACGACUGCUGCGGAAGGCCUAUGACGACGCUCUCGCCAACUAUGACGUACUCGUCAUGCCCACGAUGCGCACUUUGCAGGCAGAGUUGCCAAAACGGGUAGCAAGUAUACAGGAGAACUUGGACAAAAUCUUUGGAAUGCUCAACAACGCAGCUCAGUUCAACCUAACUCACCACCCGGCACUCAGCAUCAACGCUGGAUUUGCAGGUGGACUUCCGGUUGGCCUCAUGAUCGUCGGAAAACGCUUUGAUGAGGUCACAGUGUUGAAAGCUGGUUACGGUUUUGAGAAAAAACGAGAUGAAUAGUUUUUAGAGGGUUAAUAUGUCAUCAAGGCCAUUGACAGGGGAAUCAUUAUUAUCACUUCAGUUUCUCAACGACGAUUUUCAUAAGCAAUCGACCAUUUCCAUGAACGAAGUGCAUGUGUGACGAAGUUGUUGUCUUUAUUACUGGUGUUACGCGAGGUAGCAAAUACAACUCAGUUAUAAUCUUUCUUCUUAUUUAUUUAACUACUUUCCAGUUGUUGCCCACGUCACUUUCUUCAUUUCUAUUCUACCUCAUGCAAUCUUAAAUAGCGGCCUUCUCUCUGUUCAUAUCACGCGUAGUUGUAUACACUGUAAAUGCCAUAAGAGCAUGACAAUCAACUCAAAUUAUUCUACAUAACACUCCCCGCUCCUUAUUCACUCGUGGCUGUCAUUUACUAACA